UACGGCACCCCUUGCCGUUGCAACAACAAACAGCAAAACUGGUUGUGUGUUAAGAUGUUUCAAAAAGUGAGGGCUAUUUGCAAGUCUUUCGCUUGUCGUGAAUUUAACGUCGACCUUUCACGAAGCUAUAGUGCUGUCGGGAGGACAAUAUUUGCUCUUUCCUCCGGCCGAGGCAAAAGCGGUGUCGCAGUAGUGCGAGUGUCAGGAUCCCAGUCAAGAGUCGUUCUUUCUGCAAUAGCUGACGAAACUUGUUUGAGGAAACCUCGAUUUGCUCAACUCCGAACACUUCGAGAUCCACAGUCAAAUGAUAUUUUAGAUAAAGCUAUUGUUAUUUGGUUCCCAGGGCCAAAGAGUUUCACUGGUGAAGACAUAUGUGAAUUUCAAGUUCAUGGAGGCUUAGCCGUAGUUAGCGGGCUACUGCAUGCCCUUGGGAAAAUGCCUGGUUUGUAUCCAGCUGACCCUGGGGAGUUUUCAAAGAGAGCUUUCUUCAAUGGAUCAAUGGAUUUAACUGAGGCAGAAGGGCUGGCAGAUUUAAUUCAUGCUGAGACAGAGAUGCAACGCAAACAAGCAUUGCAUCAGAUGGGCGGUUCACUUCAUAUAUUGUACAACAGAUGGCGUACAGUUCUUUUACAGAACUUGGCACAUGUAGAAGCUUACAUUGACUUCAGUGAAGAUGAAAAUAUUGAAGAUGAUGUAAUGGCCAAUGUCAUAGACUCAUUAAGGAAACUAUCCCAAGAAGUUGAGACACAUCUAACAGAUGGUCGUCGCGGUCAAAGAUUGCGAGAUGGAGUUCAAGCUACUAUAGUUGGAGAACCAAAUGUCGGAAAGAGUAGUCUUCUUAAUUUACUUUGUGAUAGGCCUGCAGCAAUAGUCACAGCAAUUGCAGGAACCACUCGAGACGUUGUGGAACAGUACAUCAAUAUUGGUGGAUAUCCUCUAUCCAUAGCAGAUACUGCAGGCAUACGAGGAGAGUCGACUGUCAAUGAUGUAGUGGAAAAGGAAGGAAUAGCUCGUGCCAAACAGUAUGCAAAAUCAGCUGAUGUCAUUUUGCUUGUAAUAGACUCUGAAACAUUUCUGAGCGCAAGCAAAUGGCAGGAGCACCAAGACAUAUUAACUUUUCAGGAAUUUGUUAAAUCACACAUGUUACAGUUGGGAUUAAAAGAUUUCUUUAAUGGCCAACCUUGCAUCUUAAAAUCAAACCAGGAAGGAUCUAUAAUUGAUUCUGAUACACAGUUGCAGUGUUUAAUAAUUAUGAGCAAAAUUGAUCUGAUUAUGGACGAAAGUAUAAAGAAAUCUCUAAACAAGUUACAAACUCAAUUUUUAAAUGUUGUUGUUCUGUCUUGCCUCAAUGGUGAUGGUCUCCCUGCAUUGCUACAGAAGUUAGAAUCCAUUUUGGAAUAUUUGUGUGGUAACCCAAGCCAGGAGAGUCCAGCUCUUAGCCAAGUAAGACACCAGCACCAUCUGAUAGAUUGCCUGGAAAAUAUACAGGACUAUCUUAAGAAAACAAGUUACCUCUCCGAGGCUCAAAAAAAUGCAUCACUUGAAGGUUCACAAAUAACUGACCUAGCGAUAUGUGCUGAAGAUUUAAGAAGAGCUGUACAGCAUUUGGGGAAAAUAACUGGUCAUGUAACCACAGAGCAAAUUUUAGAUGUUAUAUUUAGAGAUUUUUGUAUUGGUAAAUGAACAAAUUAAAGCAAAAAGUAUUAUCAA